UUGUAUGUGAAGGAAGCAUCUAGUUUCUUUUUGUGUAUAGUGCUGUGGUUGCUGGUUUUCUUUGUAUGGUAGUGUGAGAGUUGGUGAAAAGAAACAAAAUGAUGCUCUGGAGUUACUGCAUUGGUUUUGCACUGCUGUGUAUUACAGUAGGAAAUACCCAAACAGUCCUGACAGCUGCUGCACUGCCCACGACCAGCUCUGCAACGACUGCUGCUGCACUGCCCACGACCAGCUCUGCAACGACGGCUGCUGCACUGCCCAUGACCAGCUCUGCAACGACGGCUGCUGCACUGCCCACGACCAGCUCUGCAACGACGGCUGCUGCACUGCCCACGACCAGCUCUGCAACGACGGCUGCUGCACUGCCCACGACCAGCUCUGCAACGACGGCUGCUGCACUGCCCACGACCAGCUCUGCAACGACGGCCGCUGCACUGCCCACGACCAGCUCUGCAACGACGGCUGCUGCACUGCCCACGACCAGCUCUGCAACGACGGCUGCUGCACUGCCCACGACCAGCUCUGCAACGACGGCUGCUGCACUGCCCACGACCAGCUCUGCAACGACGGCUGCUGCACUGCCCAUGACCAGCUCUGCAACGACGGCUGCUGCACUGCCCACGACCAGCUCUGCAACGACGGCUGCUGCACUGCCCACGACCAGCUCUGCAACGACGGCUGCUGCACUGCCCACGACCAGCUCUGCAACGACGGCUGCUGCACUGCCCACGACCAGCUCUGCAACGACGGCUGCUGCACUGCCCACGACCAGCUCUGCAACGACGGCUGCUGCACUGCCCACGACCAGCUCUGCAACGACGGCUGCUGCACUGCCCACGACCAGCUCUGCAACGACGGCUGCUGCACUGCCCACGACCAGCUCUGCAACGACGGCUGCUGCACUGCCCACGACCAGCUCUGCAACGACGGCUGCUGCACUGCCCACGACCAGCUCUGCAACGACGGCUGCUGCACUGCCCAAAAUAGGAAUGGGAGGAAGACUGUCGAGAUUGUUGCCAUUUGGACCAACAGUUAACAUGGCCACCUACAGAACUGCUAACGUAUCCAUGUUUGCAACUGCAAUUUCCAGCAUGGCAGCACCACUUACCACCAGCAUGUCAGAAACUACCACUGUUGCUCUGCCUUCUACCAGCUCUACAGCUACGACUGCCACUGCUGCUCUGCCUGGUACCAGCUCCACAGCUACGACUGCCUCCACUGCUCUGCCUAGUACCAGCUCCACAGCUACGACUGCCUCCACUGCUCUGCCGAGGACCAGCUCCACAGCUACGACUGCCUCCACUGCUCUGCCGAGGACCAGCUCCACAGCUACGACUGCCUCCACUGCUCUGCCGAGGACCAGCUCCACAGCUACGACUGCCUCCACUGCUCUGCGAGGACCAGCUCCACCAGCUCGACUGCCCCUGCCACUGCCUGCCGAGGACCACGCCACAGAGCAGCUGUCCUAA